GGGUCGCGGCCAGAUUUACAAAUUCACCUUGUGAAAUCCUACGCUAGCUUCAUCUUAUUGACGAUGUCGGAACACACCGCGUUGAGUUCUUCGUCUAAUGCCGAUGACAGAAGAACCGUUCAGCAGAAUGAGGGCCCAUCAUCUGGGACUACGGGCACAAAGCGGGCUGCUCGCAGUCGCGGAGCCGCCUCUCGGCCCGUGAAAUCUGCAUCAACCUCCGCCAAGAGGUAAGUUGACUGGCGCAAAGCCGCAGAUUGCGCAUAAUUUCCACAAGAUAGUUUAGGCGGAGACAGCGAUCACAUCAAUUCAUCAGAUCAUCUCUAAUUUGCAUGUUAAGUUCACUUCGUCCGCGUUCUCUGUUCUUUCGACUGAAAGCCGAGUUAUUGGCCUUGAUAUUGUCAGGAGUGCCUAAUACACUGUUUUAAGUAUCGGCCUUAUAAUUUAUCAGAUCUGAGAUUGUUAGACUCUCAGUGCUACCAAAGAUGUUCCGUAGAAGGUUAGCUUCAUUAACAUAUUUCCCUUUCUCGUGGUAGCUCUUAAUUAUAAAAUAUAAUUCUUUAUUUUCUUUAAUGUGCUGUAUUUCAGAAUUCAACGAGAAUUGGCUGAAAUUGCCCUCGAUCCGCCGCCGAACUGCAGGUAACUUUCUCUCCUUCUUCGAGCUCAAAAUGCGAUGCUGGACUUUUGAAAUUUUUGUUUGGUCUCAAAACAAUAGGAUUGCGAGUUUUGUUUCUCGAAUAGUAAGCUGUCUUUUAAACAUGCUUCGGCUCUUUUCAUUUUAGCGAAAGCAGAAUUUACCGCAAAGGCUUAAUAACCAAACAGCCGGAACAUUCGUCAAAUAUUUCAUCAGUUAGGGAAUUUCUGCCAAUAAAACAGACACACAAGGCUGAAUUAUUUAUUUUAAAGUGGUAAAGACAUUUAAUCUAGCCACGUGGGAUAGAAAGUCUUUGUUUUGUUAACUUUAACAAGGUAUGCUAAAAAAAAUACGCGUUACGCGUGGAUAGUUCUUUACAUUUAGCGACUUAUUUUAGCGGCUAACAAAUUGAAUUCAGUAUCACCAGAUUUCCUCUUUAAUUUCACAAACUUCUGUUCACGUUUGCGGUAAUCAGGUAAUCGAUACGUUGAAUAUAUAAGAGUUUGGAGUCUGCUUUCCAAUGCAUCGCUCUUGAUUGAUUCCUCCGUGUUAUGACUUAUUGUAUGUAAAUCAACAAUUUCUCCGACACCUGCGUUCGGAUUAGUUUCUUAUUUUUGCGUGGCGCAGCCAAUAACUGAUAAUGCUCAUUUUAUUCAAUUAGUGCUUGCGGUCGAAUUUGAAAUUACUUCAAGUCAUCGCGAUGUUUUUUCGUUUAUUCUCAUCAGUUUUUUAUUCGCAUUUCAUCCGCUGUUUGUACAAGCAGAAUAUCACUCGACCUGAAUUUUCAAGUUUCGGUCAAUCGAAAGCUUUUGCAACUAAUACCUGUAAGAGAUUUUGAGAGCGCUGUUAAGUUUGGCGAAGAGCGAACCUAAACGGUAAUAUCUCCUUCGGGCGCAAGAUACUUCUGAAUGCACGUCGAAAAAGGGAGAUAACUAAGUGCAAGUGUCUUCCUUUUUUCGCAAAUAACCUAGAUUUUCUCGUAUCGUAUCGCAGAUUUAUUAUCACGCUCCUUGGUCAAUUCUAAGUACCUAUAAUGCGUGAUCAAAUUUACCAUAUUUAUUUUAUAACUCAUCGGAACUUGUAUUUUUUUCGUGCAUUCGAUCGAAGCCGCUCUCUGGAAAAACUUUCUCACGAUUUGGAAACAUGGCAGCAUUUUUCGGCUCAUUCUUUUCCUUUCGAGCAGAAUUUGCAUUGUACAAUAUUGUUUGAUUACUGUGUGUUUGUAAAACCCUUUUGUUCUGUUAAUGACUUAAACACCGGUUAUUUUAAAUUUGUUUUGGCAAACGGCUCGACCCGACUGCAUUUCGGCUGGUCUGAGUAACUCGGCGUUGAAACUUAACGAGAUUUAUUUAUAAGCUUUGCCUUCGUUCGAAUCUUUAAAUCUACAGCUUCCAUAUCAAAAAAGUUACCGCUUUUGUCCUUAAAAUUUACUCUUCUGAAUACACUUAUUGAAAUUCAAGUAUUUUAAAUCUACAAGACAACGCCACUUACUUAUUUUGAUUCGUAUGAAUUAACAUUUCAACAGUUUUUCAAACUCUUUCAAAGACACGACAUGUUCUGAAAAUUGAUUUGAACGAUGCUAUCUCUAGCUGUUGUAAGGAAAAUUUUGCCAUUUCACACCGAAGUACAAUCACGUAUCUCCCUACGAAAUUUUUCAGUUUAUCGGUUAAAUGCAAACGUUCUUCGCCUCUCUCCAGUAAACUGAUCGAGGAUAUUAAGCUAAACCAUGGAAUUGGGGCUCUAUAAAGCGGAAUGGUAGCAAUGACAAAUUACAGUUCAACAUUUCCAAAUUUAGCCAAUCGAUCUUCGUCUAUCGCCUACUUCAUCUGAGCUUUGACCUUUUCGCGCGUAGAUUUAAAUAGCCUUUCUCAAGUGCAUGGAACGUGAUAAUAUGAAAUGGUUGACUUAUGCCUUAUAAACCCUAGAAAGCUCUUGUGUUCGUGAAGAGAGCGGAAGUGUUAGAGUAAAGGUCGCCCAGAAAGGAAGUAUUGGGUUUUUAAGCCAUAAAUCUCAUGUGAUUUUUCGGUUGUCCCGACAGCGACGAUCUUGCCUUAGCAAGUUCUAUGGGCCGUCAAAAUAAAUAUCUUAGACAUUUAUUAGUAAAACACUUAUUUUUGCAAGAGGUACUCUUAGAGUGCUUCAGUAGAUAGUAGAUGUAAGUUAAACCAUAGCUUUCGUAGACCACAUCUCCGGAUGUACGAAUCUUGAAUGGUUAUUAGUUUACCUCUCCUAAAGUUACGCAUAAUCAGACAGAUUAAAAGCUUAGCUUUCGUUCGGUCUCAAUUUCUGUCCGGCCAUUGUCUUAUUCCGUACUGGAACCGACUUCGUUUUAAGGGACAGACGGGCCGAAAUGACGUUUUCGUUCUUCCUAAAAACAACAUUUAGAUGACAGGUGAUAUACGUUUGCCCAACCAGAAUAACGAACAUAGAUUUCAUUAAAUCUGAUAACAAAUAAUUAAUUCUUAUCUACUCUUCUCUGAAAUACUCGCCAAACAAUGUAAAGCCUUGCCAUUUUUUGGCACCAGUUUCAUGAAGGAUCAACAAUUUAUUUUAUUGUCUAUUUAUAUAUUUGAUUCCCUAGAGGGUUGAUACGAAUUUGCUUUUUUAAAUCCACGGCUCACUGCAUUGCCAUGGCAACACUGCCGCCUUCAAGGGAAUCUCGCAACCUCAACUCAAAAACCAGUUCGGUGAUAUUCGCCUUAUCAAGAUUCAACUUUUGGCUAAAUUAAAACUACCUCAAAUAUAAGGGGAAUAAAUUAUAGGAACGUGUUCAAUUUCUUGAAGUGUUUCACCUCAAUAACUUUUUUUGACAAGCAUUUUUUUUCUUUUAAUGUGUCGUUUAAAUCAAUGAACAAUUUUAAAAAGAUUUUACAAUCAUUGUCAAUGAUCGAGAGGAAAGUGCUUCGCAAAGUCCUAUCGUUGGUCGCUGUAAUUUCUAUGUCAUGGUAUGAAUCAGGGUUCCUAGUCACCUCGCUACCGGCGAGCUCGUCACCAAAGUGUAAUCGAUCUCUCCACCAAGGCGUGUUACCUCGCCACCGAUGACUCAUCUGGUAGCAAAUGUUAUAAUCAUAUUGAGUAUAGUUAUUGAAUGUUUUAUUAUAUAAAUGUACGUUUUCCUGAGCUCUAACUUUUUGCCCGUUGUCGUUCUAAGGUAAAAAGUUAACAGAAUCUUCGUAUUAACUUUCAGAACACUCGUUUUGUCGUCAAAAAUAUGCAUGCGAUCGAUAACAUGUUUUGACGAUGUUUUGGUCGAUUGCCUUGGUGGCGAGAUAGCCAUAAACCUGAAACAGAUUUGCAGCGCUACCGGUGUUCCGUAAAAUUUUCUUUUAUGAUUGAUUUUUUUUUUCUUUUUCUUUUUUGCAGCGCUGGCCCAAAGGGAGACAACCUGUACGAGUGGAACUCGACAAUACUUGGUCCACCUGGGUCAGUGUACGAGGGAGGAGUAUUCUUUCUUGACAUUCAUUUUCCUUCGGAUUAUCCUUUCAAGCCACCAAAAGUAAGAAUUCAACACGGAUAAAGUGCUUUUCGAUUGAGUGUUGUAAAGAACCAAUGAGAACUCCAAGGAAAAACAAGAAAAACUCUAAAGCGCGGGAAAACGCGGGCGACCAAGUCGUUAAUCUGACUGGUUUAGAGAAUGGUGCGAAUUUUCUUGACUAGUUAAGCAGCAAAGUGAAGCAAAGCCAUGCAAUCCCGGGUUAUUUUCGACAUUCAAUUACAAAAUUCCCAUAUCUAAUUGGGACGUAACUAGAGAGGGGAUGGUGAGGCACAUGCGAUCUUCCCUUCUGUUACCAUAGCGACAUUACAUCUCUUUGUGUGCCUGUGAUUGAAGCCAUCGUAAACCAAUAACACGCAAAGCAAGGGUUCGAUCAAAGGCAGUGAUGCCGUGCAAGUAUGGCGACUUAACGAAGCAUUUUGUAUUUGAUCUGUUCACAGGUUUCAUUCCGUACUAGAAUAUAUCAUUGUAAUAUCAACAGCCAGGUUAGUCUGCCUUUUGCAUUGUUAUGAUUAUGUUAUGAAUUGCCCUUUGUUUAAUUUAUCCUCCAUUGUUCUGGGUAAGUAAAGCAGCUAUAACGCUCUGGGCUCUCUCUUCUUCCUGCCCUCUUCUUGCCAGGCCCUCUCUCCCCCCAACCUACUCCCUCUCAGGCUCUUGCAUGAAGGUGCCCCGUAAAUCUGCGAUCAAGCCCUCAUUUUUAGCGCGUUAGCAUUUCUUUAGCGUUUCUCGUCCGCGGGAAAAUACUAAGCCUUAGGCAACGCGAACCUGCAAGAGAGCUGCAAGGGGUCUGGCACUAUUAGUGCCACACCUCCAGCGACCCUCUUCCCUGCAGCGCUCCGAACGAGGGCUCGGUCAAAAGCUGGCUUCAUGUAACUUGACGUGAUCGUUCCAAGCUGUAUUGUGGAUCACUGAAAAGUUGGUUGGGAGGGGUGGUAUGGGGAAUUUCACCUCUUACCUUUCAUAAGGCUAUGGAUAAAUCUUUGGUGGUAAAUACCUUGUUUCCUAUCCUGAGCCCUCCUGUAGUUAACCCUUUAACUCCCAAGAUCUCAUUAGUAAUUCUCCUUACUGUCUGACAUACAAUUCUUAUGAUGUCAAUUAGAGAAUUUGGUAUUGGAUCAACCGAUAAUCCCCUAAUUGAUAAUUUACUUUAUUCUCAUCACUUCUAUGCUUGAUAUUGUACUGAUAUUAUAAGGAGAAAUUCUCUCUUGAUCACUCAUGGGAGUUAAAGGGUUAAGAGAUCAACUUCUUCAAGAAUAUUUUACAUUAGAUUAUAGGUUUGGAAUUUUUAUGGCGUGACAUUUGGUGAGAGCAAUGAGAAAGGCUCAUGUUGUUAUUCUCUUUGGUUUGCAUAGACUACUUAUGCUAUCUGUUGUCUAUUUAACCCCUUAGCCCCUAAGAGUAACUAGCAUCAAAUUUCUCCCUAAAAUAUCAGCCCUGAAUCACUCGUUAAGGUCAUGAGAAUAAAGGAAAUGAUCAGCAAUGAAGGAAUCCUUUGAUUGUUAAACAAAUUCUCCUCGUCAGCACCUUAGGAAAUGUAUAAAGAACAGUAUGGAGAAUAUGCAUACUGAUGUUAGGGUGUUAAGGGUUAACAAAUAUAUUACAUAUGUUUCCGUGCGUCUGUUCGGUAACAGAUCACAGAUGACGUUAAAAUGUGGUAAGAACAAAAAAAGGGAUAAACGAGGUACAGGUGACCGUGUCCCUCAUGUUCUUACCAUACUUUGACGUCAUCAGCUGCCGAGAGUCUAUGUGUUUUACAUAUAAAAAAAAGGGAAAAUAUUGUUAACCCUUGGACUCCCCGUGAGUGACCAAGACAGAAUUUCUCCUAACUAUAUCGAUACAAUAUCGUGCAGAUAAGUGAUGAGAAUAAAGAAAUAUAUCAAUGAUGGGAUUACUAGUUGAUCCGAUACCAAAUUCGCCAAACUAACAUGGUGAGAAUCAUCGGGCAGACAGUAAGGAGAAUUACUUAUGAGAUCUUAGGAGUUAAAGGGUUAAUGAUAACGUCAUCUAUUGGUCUGUCCUCCACUUUAUAGAUCAUACGUAAAAACCAAUCAAAAUGCGAGUACAGUUCAGCUUAUCAUAUAACACGGAAUACACUGCAAGUGGUGCACCCAAUCAGAUUGCAGCUAGAACGCCAGUAGAUUUAUGUUAAAAGCGGGCGAUGGAAACUAUCAUGGAAACAAAAUGAUGAAAUGAUGAGUAGUAAACUUUCCCUGUGCGUUGCAGAAACCAAGAUUGGCUCAGGCAGUCGUGAUCAUUCUUCUUUACGUUCUUGUUAAAAAUCUUUCAGGGGAUAGGAGGGAGAAGGUGGAAAGAAGAGGGAGCCUGGGAGGGAGUAGGCAGGAAUAAGAGGGAGCCUGGUAGGGAGUGGGCAGGAAAGAGAGAGGGCCUGUUAGAGAGAAGGUGGGAAGAAGAGAGAGCCUGGGAGGGAGUAGGCAGGAAGAAGAGAGGGGCUUGUAGGAAGAAAGCGGGAGAAAGAGAGAGCCUGGAGCGACAUAGCUGCUUUACUUACCCGGAAUAAUGGACAAUAAAUUCAAGUAAAGGGCUUGGAUAGAACGCGGCGGUUAUUAUACCCAGUGGAGUCAAUAAAACUGAAUAAGGAAUUUGAUUUUUAAUUAUUUUUAUUUGUUUUCAUUCCAGGGUGUGAUUUGUUUGGACAUUCUUAAAGACAGCUGGAGUCCAGCUCUAACAAUCUCAAAAGUCCUUCUCUCCGUUUGUUCAUUACUCACAGACUGUAAUCCAGGUAACUAAGGGCGAUUUUGAUUUGAAUGUUGCAAAGUAACCUGGGAUUGCUUUGGUUUAUCUUCACUUCGCUGCGAUUGGUCCAAAAUUUGCGCCACUUCCUCAACCAAUCAGAUUCAAGACUAAAACUGAUGUAGGCUGAGCUUGAUUACCCGCGUUUUGCCGCGCUUCAGAAAAUUUGAGCUCUCAUCGGCUGCAGUCGUGAUUACUGUGGAUUUGGUUGUACGACAACCAAUCGAAAAGCACUCUAUCAGAAAAAGUAGUUUACCCUUAAUACCCUAACAUCAGUAUGCAUAUUCUCCAUACUGUUCGCUAUAUUUCCUUAAGUGUUGACAAGGAGAAUUUGUUUUACCAUCAAGAGCUUCUUAAAUUGGUGAUCGUUUCCAUUAUUCUCGUAACCUGAAUGCGUGACCCGGGGGUGAUAUUGUAAGGAGAAAUUAGAUUCUAGUCACUUUUAGGGAUCAGACAGUAAAAGCACAAGGCGAUUGAUUAUAAAACAAUAAGUAAUCAAAUAUCAAGUUCAUAAUUCAAGAAUCGUUUUUUUGUGUUUCUAAAUUAUUUUCCUCUGUACAUCUUUUUUCAGCUGAUCCCCUCGUAGGAAGCAUCGCCACACAGUUUGUUAACGACAGAGAAGAACACGACAGAAUAGCGAAAGAAUGGACCAAACGCUACGCAACAUAAAACUGGAAAAUUGAACAAAACUAUUAUAAUUCAUCCAUCAUGUUUCUAAUCCAUGUCUCAAAUCAUCCGCGUGGUGUUUUCUUGAGAUAACGAGUAAUGUUGCACCCAGAUCUCGCCCACUUGAAAAGAACGGGCAAGGCUUGGGUACGAUAUUAGGAACGUGCGCUCGCCGUCUAAAAUGAACUUUUUUCGCUUCGGUCUUCUUAGAAACGGAUAGAUUCGAGAAUGUUCUGUAUCACUUGCUGAACGCUCACGCUAUAAACGAUAAUUCUUGUGUCACUCGAUGCUUUUAAAACCCAGUAAUUCAGACGAAUAUUUAAAAAAUUUAAGAAAGAUUUGAUAUUUUUUUUUCUUCCCAAAAAACUUUAGUUUAAAAGCGAGCUUGAAAAAAUAUAUUUUCGGGGUAUUCUUCCGAGAAGUAUCCUUAAAUGACAUUCAUUUUAAUAAAGGUUUUGACGCAACCAACGACGUAUCAAAAACAUUGUUGAAAUUUGCGGUCUGAUAUAGAGAAAGAAGGUUGUAAUAUUGUUAGAAUAUAUGUGUAAAGAUAAAUUUGACAGUUUCAGAUUAUCAUUAGUGCUGUGAAGA